AUGUCUCAUGAUGAAACUCUCGCUAUACUUCGCAAUAUCCCUUGGAAUAUCCCUGCAUUCGAGGUGACUGUCCUCUCCCAGUUGCUGACGGCUGAUACCCCUAUAAAACCUUCUAAGCUGACGCAUCUCUUUCCCCUCAACGCCCAGAUCGACUAUCCGAAUGCCAUAGUCGAAUCGCUGAAGGACAAUACACCACCCAGCACUACGGUAGUGUCUAUCACUCGCGAGUUUCGAGAAACCCAAGCAAAAGCUGUCGCCGCCACUGAAGACGAGAUUGCGUCGCUCGAUGCCCAGAUUCUCGCUCUCCGGACGCGAAGGGCUGAGCUCAUCAAGAAGGCAUCACCGGAGUGGAUGAAGCUGAACGCCUGUGAUGCGGUCCUUUCGGUAAUUCGUCGUCUCCCUAUGGAAAUCGUCCAAGAAAUAGCGCUGCACGCACGUCCCCUUCAACCGUGGCCGACGCGCCGGGACUCGCCUAUGUCCCUCUCCCACGUCUGCAAAGAUUGGAGGAAUGCGGCUCUAUCCAUGCCUCAAUUGUGGUCCGAGAUGUACCUAGAGGUCGACGUCAACUACAAUGCACUUCAACGAAUUCUCUCCGUUAACGAGUGGUUCCCAAGGGCAAAAAGCUGUCCUUUGUCACUUCAUCUUUACAUCAACGACGAUGGAGCAGUGAACGACCACGACAUGCAGCAUUUCGUGCACGCACUUUGGCCGAUGCUUCAAAAUGUCCACAAACUGAGCAUUGGGGCUUAUUGGAUCUUCGAUUACCUACCUUUUUUUGGCGGCAAGCUUCCAAACCUCGAAGUUCUGACGCUCAAAUGCAUGGCACCGGAUGAUCAAGAGACAGAACUUUUUAUGGACGACGAGCCCGCAGCCCUUUUCAGAUUUUUAAGGUUCGCCGAAAAGCUUCGCCACUUGGUGCUUGAUCGACCUAUCCCUGGCGCGGGCCUCAUAUUAGCGGCAUUCUCUUGGUCUACGUUGACCUCCCUGACCAUGAAGCAAGAAAUGGCUCUGACGGCGUGGAGGAAUCUGAUCUUCAUAUGUCAAGCGCUCAAGACGGCCUCCUUCUACCUCUCAGAAGACGACCCCGUCGACCAAAACGGACAGAUUGUUUCUCAUAGCGCCCUUGAAGAACUUAGCCUCGCCAUCGUCGACGGCGAGAUGAAACUUCGACUUCGCCUACGUUUGCUUCUUCCCAAAUCUUAA